AUGGUGAAAUUUGGAAAAUUUGCAGAGACUGAAGAUGUUCAAACUUCAAGUGCUCAAACUUCUGUGGUGGCCAAAGAACAUGCGGUGCCAUCAAGACCAAAUCUUAGUUCUUCAUUUGAAGUUUCUGAAGAUGAUGAUGAUGAUGAUGAUGAUGAUGAGAGUGAUAGUGAUAACGAUGGUAUAGAUUUCCGUAUGUUUGUACCGUCAAAGGAGUCAGUCAAUGAGGUUGUGAUUUCUCCAGCUGAGACAAAAGAGGAAAUCAACAUUUUUAAGCAACAAAACAAUCCUACGCCCAAACAUAUGGAAGCUCUUAUUGACAAAUUACAGUCAACUACAAGGAAGCCUCCCAAAGCAGUUUAUAUUACUUUUGGGUAUCCAUCUGGGAGUGAUAAAGACAAUUCAAAAGCCUCCCUGCUGCCACAAAAGCAAGGAGGUGAUGAAGACUCUCAUCAAAAUGUCUCUGAGCUCAAACAAGAGAUUGUGUUUUUCAAGCAGGAGUCCAUUGAGAAGGACAUACUUAUUGGUAUUUUGGAUGUGAGAGUUUCUAACCUUGAACAGGAGAACUCUGUUAAAGAUGCAAAGAUUUCAGAACUUCAAGCAAAUCUUGGUGGUCUAACUGCUAUAUUUAUUUGA